CGCGCGCUGUGGUCUCGCCCGCCCCCGCUGCCAUGUUGGAUCGUGCGGCAGCCGGAGCCGGGCCGGAGUUGGAAGUUUAGCGCCUCUCGGAGGGGCGGGCACGAUCGGCCGCCGGCUCGGAGCGGCCCCGGCGCGGCUGCCCCCCCUCUCCGGCGCCCCCUCCGCGGGCCGCCGGCAGCUGGCCGAGGCCCCGCCGCCCUUCUCUGGCUCCCUCCUUCCCCGGCCCCGAGAGGGAGGCUCCGCGAUGCGGCUGCUGUGAGGCCGCGGCGGCAGCGGAGGAGGAGGAGGAGGAGGAGGGGGCCGCGGGUGCCAACGGUCGCAGGGCGGCGAGGGCAGCGCCGGGCGGGCCCCGGCCAUGAGCGGCAACCCGCAGCAGCAGCCCCCGCAGCCGCGGCGGGUCACCAACGUGGGCUCCCUGCUGCUCACCCCGCAGGAGAACGAGAGCCUCUUCAGCUUCCUCGGCAAGAAAUGCGUGACCAUGUCUUCAGCAGUUGUCCAAAUAUAUGCAGCAGAUCGCAAUGUCAUGUGGUCGAAGAAGUGCUGUGGUGUAGCUUGCCUUGUAAAGGACAAUCCACAAAGGUCGUAUUUUAUCAGAAUAUUUGACAUUAAGGAUGGGAAAUUAUUGUGGGAGCAGGAGCUGUACAAUAACUUUGUAUAUAAUAGUCCUAGAGGAUAUUUUCAUACCUUCGCUGGAGAUACAUGUCAAGUUGGUCUUAAUUUUGCUAAUGAAGAAGAAGCUAAACUAUUCCGCAAAACAGUAACAGAUUUACUUGGACGACGGCAGAGAAAAUCUGAAAAAAGACGAGACCCACCAAAUGGCCCAAAUCUACCAAUGGCAACUGUUGAUAUAAAAAACCCAGAAAUUACAACUAACAGAUUUUAUACUCCACAAGUCAACAAUAUUUCAUAUACCAAAGAAAAGAAGAAAGGAAAAACUAAAAAGAAAAGGUUGACAAAGGCAGAUAUUGGAACACCAUCUAAUUUCCAACACAUUGGACAUGUCGGUUGGGAUCCAAACACAGGUUUUGAUGUAAACAACUUGGAUCCAGAACUGAAAAACUUGUUUGAUAUGUGUGGCAUUUCAGAGGCUCAACUAAAAGACAAAGAAACUUCGAAGGUCAUAUAUGAUUUCAUUGAAAAGACAGGAGGCGUAGAAGCUGUUAAAAAUGAACUGCGCAGACAAGGUCCCCCACGGUGGAGUGCUCCACCACCCCCACCACCGUGCAGAGGAGGACCCCCUCCACCUCCACCACCUCCCCAUAGCUCGGGCCCUCCUCCUCCCCCUGCUAGGGGUCGAGGGGCACCACCUCCACCUCCUUCAAGAGCUCCCACAGCAGCACCUCCGCCCCCACCUCCCUCUAGACCGGGUGCCACGGUGCCCCCACCUCCUCCAAACAGGAUGUAUCCUCCACCACCACCAGUGCAUUCAUCCUCUGCACCGUCUGGCCCUCCUCCCCCACCGCCACCACCAGCAAGUGGAUCAUCUGUUCCUCCACCACCUCCUCCUCCUCCACCCCCUCCUGGUCCUCCUCCACCUCCAGGCCUUCCAUCAGAGGUUGAUCACCAGCUUCCAGUUCCUGCAGGAAACAAAGCUGCACUCUUGGAUCAAAUCAGAGAAGGAGCUCAGUUAAAGAAAGUAGAACAGAACAGUCGACCAGUGUCCUGCUCAGGAAGAGAUGCACUGUUAGAUCAGAUACGACAGGGUAUACAGCUGAAAUCCGUAUCUGAUGGCCAGGAGAGUGCACCACCUACACCUGCACCCACCUCAGGAAUUGUGGGUGCAUUAAUGGAAGUUAUGCAGAAAAGGAGCAAAGCCAUUCAUUCUUCAGAUGAAGAUGAGGAUGAAGAUGAUGAAGAAGACUUUGAGGAUGAUGACGAAUGGGAUGACUGAUCAUAUGUUAUUAUAUAUAUAUAUAUUUUUUAAGGUGAAUGAUAUACUAAACACUACUUUCUGUCUAUGGAUUCUGUAAAAUUAUCAUGUAAAUGUUCUACCAAUUUGCUGUAUAUUUUUGUUGCCUUUUGCUUUUUUAUUAAUCUGUGCAAUACCUCAUUUAAUCUGUAAAGGUUUGUCAUAAUCCUCUACAAAGCUACUCCCUGUUAAUGUUCAAGUUUACACCUGGAUGAUCAUGUACAUGUGAAUACUUUCCAUUCCAUCAAUAAGGGAGUUUAAAUGUAAUAUGUGAGACUGACAAAAACCUUAAUGUAAUUUAGUUAUAAUGCAAGAAGGAAAACACUAUUUUCAUACCCUACUUUUUCUGUAUCUAAAUUUUCUUAUUAAAACCUAGUAUAGCACUAUGUUCUUUAAGUGAUGCAGCUCUUAGUUUAUUUAGCCCCUUUAUUUCAAAUGCAAUGCUACAUGAAUGUUGAGGCUGGUUUAUACUAUUGCAUGGUUUCAAAUACAUUACAACAUUGCAGUUCAAAUCUUAGCAGUAUGCUUCACAUGAAACAGAAUCACUACAGCUAGUUGUGAAGUUUACCCUGCCCUAACUGUAGUAAUACUGACUGUUAUUGAACGGCAGCAGUAAUUAAAUCCUUCAAUUAGGGAACUUUAUCAGAAGUUAAACAGGGUAGCUUUUACAUUGUAAUAGUGGUAAAAGGCAUCUUUGAUGCUGACAAGUUCAGUCUUUUUCUUUUUUCCUUCCCAGCUCUUACUCUGAGAAUGAAGAAGUGUAAAUUACUGGGGGCUGUACCAGAGACUGGCAAUUGCUACAGUUUGAUUUCUUUUUAAAAUCAAUUUUAUGUGGUUUUCAAGCUGAAGGGCUGCAUUUAAUGCUUGCUUCAAUAAUGUUUAAUUACUUUUUAAAAUUUGUAGGACAUUGGUGUACUAAUAAAGUAAACAUAAGUGGUA